GUGGACACAUCGCCGCCAGUUGCACACCUCUCCCUGUGUAUACAAUUCGCCGCUAACCCAGCCCCGAAAUUCCUUCCGAUUUUGGACACGGCUUCAGUUUUAUAUUUCACUUACUAACUCUCCGUUCCUUUCAUUUUACCAUUCUAUGUGUAUUUUCUUACAGCGCAUAUAUUAAAUCUUGUAUUUUGUAUUAAUUUGAGAUAUAACUGGGGUUAUAUGAUUUCGCCCUAAGCCAUCGACAUUCGGUCCACUGAGCUAUGCAUUCUUUUUGAAUGAGAGGGAUUGAUAUUUUAUACGUGUGUAACCAAUACUAUGACAGAGACUUAAAACACUGUCAUUUCCUUCACUUUUACAAAGCUUAUUCGGCGCUAAAAAUAUAGAACCCGAGGCGUGGCUAAAUAAAAACACCAGUGUAGCAACUUGUAGACGAACGAUUACAAUAGCAGUUCUGUCCUUCCUACAUUCCGUAACUUAAAUUCAAAUCGAUCAUUGCAUUUAAAAAAAGAGUAUAUGUGACCGUGUAGAAAGAAGGAAUAAAAAGAGAGAAUAAAAUAGAAGGGAAAACUCGGUAUAGGCGAAGUGGGGGUUUAAAAUCAGUGCGAGUCGAUCGGAAGCGUCAGUUUGGGGCGAGUCUCCUUAGUAAGAUGGCGACGUCGGUGCUGAGCCCCGUCAAGACCGAAGACCAAAUCCUCCAGCACUCGAUGUUAGAAGAUGAUCCGAACGAUAAUUCAGCCACAAAUGAGGAGGAGAAGACUAAACCUAGAUGGGGGCCAUACCAUAAAGGAGCGAAAGAGCUAGCUAGCCUCUACAGCAGAGGCAAACGAAUGCAAGAAAUAGUGUGUAUUUUCUUUUGUAUAACACUGAUGAUGGUUAACUUUUACUACAUGGGCGUUCAUUUUCAACUCGAAAAGAUCACAUCCAUAUUUGUGGUUGCUUUAGCAGGAAUCGUUACCGCAGAUUUUGCUUCAGGACUAGUCCAUUGGAUGGCAGAUACCUGGGGAUCUGUUGAGCUACCUAUAUUGGGAAAGAAUUUCAUAAGACCAUUUAGGGAGCACCAUAUUGACCCAACAUCCAUCACCCGCCACGAUUUCAUCGAGACCAAUGGAGAUAAUUUCAUGCUUACCAUUCCGGGCCUAACCUAUAUGACGUGGAACUUUUGUACAAAAACUAAUGAAGAAAUUCAAGGAAGCUACUACUGGUUUUCAUAUUUAUAUCUACUGGCAAUCUUUGUCUCUUUAACAAACCAAAUUCACAAGUGGUCGCACACAUAUUUUGGCCUCCCAAGAUGGGUUACCAUGCUACAGGAUCUCCACAUUAUACUGCCAAAGAGGCACCAUCGUAUCCACCACGUAGCACCGCAUGAAACUUACUUUUGCAUAACAACAGGCUGGCUCAAUUACCCACUAGAAAAGCUCAAGUUCUGGACCAGCUUAGAAUAUUUGAUCGAGUUAGUAACUGGGUGCAAGCCUCGAGCUGAUGACUUUAAAUGGGCCCAGAAAAGGGAGUGAAUAGGAAGCAAUUCUUCUCAUGAUGAAUCAAAAGGAGAAGGAGAAAAUAGUGUAAGAAGUAGCAUGACUUAUCUAUUUGAGUUAUACAGUAUGAUUUAGAUGCGGAAAAAUUUUCUAAAACAGAUUAAUAUUUUAAUACCUUAGCUAAAUACAGUAUGGUAUCUAGAAUAUAUGAAGGAAACCAAGUUGUAUAUUCUCAGGCAUAAAUGACACAACUCAACUAUUGCUAAUUACUAAUCACUUGCUAGUUCAGCUUUGAAUAAAGCAUUUGCAAUAUGUGGUCAUUUGCUUACAUAAGGCCUUUUCAUAUUGCUCGGUGAUUGUGUGUUGGGUUGUGAAAUGCCAUCGGGAACCACUAGGGUUACAUUCAACCCUAUGGUGUAUUAGCAUUAGUACACAGUGUUUUGCAAGACCUUCAUCAAACAUGUGUGUAAAUAGACUUUUUUAUAAAUGUAAAAAAUAAACAAAACCAAAAAACAAGUAAUUUCAAUAGAUAGACUUCCAUUAUCCAAAUGUGUAAUUGAGCACAAAAUAUGCAAUAGAUGGAAGUCUAUCUACAUUCCAUUGCCCAUUUGAUGGGAGGUGAGAUUUUAGUAUUGAGGGGAUUUCAAGAGAUGUGCCUUUUGCAGAUGAAUAGGAUUUUCAACUUUCUCAACUGUGGUGGACUGAUGAAAUAAAAGUUAAAAAAAAGUAUUAUUACAGUAGUGUCAUAAUGAAAUUUCUUGGAAUAGAAUCUGAUUGUACGGAUCAACCAAUGUGGACUUGAUAUUUUUAGCCCAUGAAUCCUCUGGCAGAGGAUUGAGGAAGAUGUAGUCUGAAUGUGAGCCUUUUUUGUGUACUGAAAUAUCAUGACUCAGGAUGCAGUUAUUUCUGAAGUUUCUCAUCAUGAGUUAUUUUUAAGUAGUGAAUUGUAUGUAGUUGAUGGUAAAUGAGAAAAAUCCAAGUACCCCAUUUAAAAAAUGGGGUCUUCUUGGGAAAAUGAUUUUGACUGAUAUAUGAAUUCAUGGGCUAUAAGCUUCCUGCAUGUAGUAUGAUUAAUUGAGUGGUGUGCAUAGUUUGUUGUAUUUAGUACAGUAAUAGAAAAUUUGCCUUUUUAGAAGUGGAAAAUAUUCUUCAUAUGGUUGAUGAUCUUUAAAUGCAUACUCUUGCAGGAUUUUUUUUAAGACUCAUUACUGAAUGUGUUGUCCAGCCCAUUGACUUUGGCAUUGAUGAAUUAAUGAGCUAUUUGCAAACAAGUUAUAUAUUGUGAGUGCUUAAAAUACACAAAUUGGGGCUCACUUGCUUUCAAGGUUCUUGCUAUUUUUAUAAUGUCAAAUCCAAUGCUGUGCUUAUCGGAACUUUGUAUGUUUUUUUUGGUGUACUUUGAUUUAAAGGUAAAUUUGACAGUAAUAAUUCCUUUUUUGACAGUAAUCAUUCUUUAGUCAUUUAAUUCAAGUACAUGCACAGCAUUAAGACAACACAGACAGGAGUGCACAAUUAAGAUUAUUGAAGGUGACGUGUGCAAAACAUUUGAUUUGAAUACCUUUAGUGGCAUUGUUUACUGGCAAACAUAGCUGAAUAUGUCAUAUCGAAUACUAAAUACUGUGUAAGUGACUUUGUUCAUAUCAGAAGUAUGUUGCCAACAAUAUUAGCCAUGCUAGGGUUUGGGUUUUACCAAUACAACAGCAGUAGAGUGGCAUACAGUAGCUUUAUAUAUUGCAUAAUGUAACAAAUUUCACUUUUUAUAUCAAAAAUACUUGUACUUAGUUUUCUAUCAUUUGUAAUUAUAUUUCAUAGGAAAGAUUAUAUAUCUAUAUACAUACUGUAUAUCUAUUAACAAAUGUGAUGUACCUCUGUUAGGAAGAGGUACCAUAUGAGAAUUAGGCUCAAAUUAUAAGAUUUUGUAAACAUGGCUCCAAGUUAAGGGAUUCUUACACACCUGUUUGAAAAAAUGAGAAAAAGGAAUGUAGACAGACAUCCCAGAAGGCAUGUCUACAUUAUCUGCUUAAAAUACAAAAAGUGUUAGGGCCUUGGUGUUCCUAAUUUAGUAAAGUUUUUUUUUAUAUAUAAUUUCCCUGCAGUGUUGGAAGCCUCGAUCCUUCAUAUAGCUUUUAAUAUACUUAUGGGCUGUGGGAUGAUACAUAGGUUUGUUUUGUUAUUUAUUGUGCUAAUGUUGUUUUUAGGUAAACUUUCCCAAAUGAGUACAGUAAUAUCUAGUCUUGAUGAAAAUUACUUUAUGCACUGUGGACACAUUUAUAUCCAUAGAGUAGCGAAAAUUAUGUUGGCCAUCCCACCGUUUGCUGUAAAUAUAGAUACAAUAUUAUUCAUUUGAUUUCUGCAAGAAACACUUGUCACCUCAGGUUCUUGUAUAUCACCAUAUUUGCAUACUUUUAGACGCA